AUGCACGCGCGUCUCAGAACGACGACGAACCUUGGACGUCCCACCGCUAGCUGUCCGGUCCGCCGCCUCCGUCUAAAGCUCGGGCUCGGGGCCGGAAGCCAAAACGCUGAUGGUGCCAGAGGAAUGUGGCGGCGGCGGCGGCGUGUGAAAGUGCGACGCAAUUCGCUGGUCCGGCCCUCGAGGUCAUCCGACUCCUCUUCCGACCCCGUAGCGUCUGAGAACCCCUGCACACCGCCAAACCCAUACCGGCCGGCCCGCAGCAACGGGGGCGCCACAGUAUACCCGUCCCGUUGUCGCGACAACACCUGUUGA